AUGAUUUCUCAAUUUUUUAUCUUAUCUCCUCAACGAGGUGACACAUUAAAAACCUGGCAUAAAGAACACGGUCCAGAUCAAGACCCACCACCAAUCUUUAAUGUUGAUGGUGUUCAAAUCUUGUUCACAAAUAUUCAAGGGUUAUACUUUGUAUGCACUACAAAGUUUAAUGUAUCUACUUUUAUGACCUUUGAAUUACUCGACCGUAUUGCUAGUUUAAUUAGAGAUUUUUGUGGGAUAUUAAGUGAAGAGUGUGUGCGAUUGAAUUCUAGCUUGAUUUAUGAAUUGUUAGAUGAAGUAAUUGAUUAUGGUUAUCCUCAGACAACAUCAACUGAUCAAUUAAAAUCAUCUAUUUACGAAGAACCCGUACCUGUCAAGAAAGAAAAUAUAAUCAUAGAUUCUAUAGCAAAAUUAAGGGCUCAUGGAACGAAUCUAGGAUUUUCCAGUAAUAAGCCAAUCAGUAAGCCAACCGCCAAUUCUCACGAUGAAGGAAGAUAUAAACAAAAUGAAGUAUUUAUUGAUAUUAUCGAACGACUUGUUGCUUGUUUCGCCUCCGAUGGAAUGACGAUCCAUGCUGAGAUCAAUGGAUCAAUACAAAUCAAAAGUUAUCUACAAGAUAACUCUGAAAUUCGUAUAAUUCUCAGUUCCAAUAUGACCCAUGGUCGGGACAUGUAUUAUAGUGAUGAUCGGUUUGGGAUCAUGUUUGAUGACUACAAGUUUCAUGAAUCAGUGGAUUCUUCAGAAUUUGAAGGACACAGGCAAAUGAUUAUAUUUCCACCAGAAGGAGAAAUAACUGCUAUGAUUUAUCGAAUAUCUGGAGAUGUUAAUUUGCCAUUCCGGGUAUUUCCACAAAUAUUAGAUGUUCCAGAAAGUCCAAAUAAAAUUGACGUUAUUAUUCGAAUUAGAGCAGAUUUUCCUGAAGAUAAAAUCGCGACAAAUUGUACAGUAAUUGUGCCUCUACCACAUAUAACUCAAAGUGUAUCAAACGAGCACCUGGAUGGAUUUGCAGAUCAGUCUGCUCGAUAUGAUAGCCGUGUUAGAAAGGUGUUUUGGACAAUUAAUAAGUUAAAAGGUGGUACCGAGCAGUCACUCAAAAUAAAGGUCACCGGUGCAAGUCAGUUUUCUCCUGCAGCCCACUUGGAAAUAGGACCCAUCAACCUUGAAUUCGACAUACAAAACUACACGUGUUCUAACAUUCAAAUUCGUCGUCUUAAAGUGCUUGAAAAGAGCGAUUCACUACCGCCACAACGAUGGGUUAGAUAUUUGACGCUUGCUGAAAGUUAUGUAUUUCGUAUUUGA